AUGAGCGGGCCCCUGUCCCUUCCAGGGGCGCCUCCCGUCGACACUACUGACUUUACCGAACUGUCGACACUAUCCGCCCCCGUGUACAACGCAGUGAGCGGCUUGGCUUUUGAAGUCGUGCAGCUUCUACAAAGCACAGACUCGGUCUGCAGGCUCAGCGGAUCUUUCUGCACAAUCGUCCUGUUACCGCACUGUUUGGCAGCUGCAGCUCCUGCUGGAAAAGCCAAACUCACUCACCCUGGAAAAGCGAUCCUGGCAGGUGGGAUUGCAGGAGGAAUUGAGAUCUGUAUCACAUUCCCUACUGAGUAUGUUAAAACCCAGCUGCAGCUUGAUGAAAAAGCAAAUCCACCUAAAUAUAAAGGCAUUGGGGAUUGUGUAAAGCAAACUGUGGAUGGUCAUGGAGUUCGAGGACUUUACAGAGGUCUGAGUUCUCUUUUGUAUGGCUCUAUACCGAAAGCUGCAGUUAGAUUUGGAGUUUUUGAGUUUCUCAGCAACAAGAUGCGAGAUGAGAGUGGUAAACUAGACAGCAAGAGAGGAUUCAUGUGUGGCCUCGGUGCUGGAGUUGCAGAGGCAGUGUUUGUCGUGUGUCCGAUGGAGACAGUGAAGGUCAAAUUCAUACACGACCAGACUUCAGCAAACCCAAAGUACAAAGGUUUCUUCCAUGGAGUUCGGGAGAUUGUCAGAACUGAAGGACUGAAGGGGACUUACCAAGGGCUGACUGCCACUGUGCUGAAGCAGGGCUCAAACCAGGCCAUUCGGUUUUAUGUCAUGACGUCACUAAGAAACUGGUAUAAAGGUGAUGAUCCCAACAAGGCCAUUAACCCUCUGAUAACUGGGUGUUUUGGUGCCGUUGCUGGAGCGGUUAGCGUCUUUGGAAACACUCCUCUAGAUGUCAUCAAAACUAGAAUGCAGGGUCUUGAGGCUCACAAAUACAAAAGCACUAUGGACUGCGCGGUUAAGAUAAUGAAGCACGAAGGUCCAGCAGCUUUCUACAAAGGUACUGUGCCUCGUCUGGGUCGUGUGUGCAUGGAUGUGGCCAUAGUCUUCAUCAUUUAUGAAGAAGUUGUCAAAGUUCUGAACGUCGUUUGGAAGACGGACUGA